UAGACUUGAUAAAUAAAAUACUUACUAAUUCAGUAAGUGAAGUGAAAUUCUGAAUUGAUCAAGAUUUAUACAAGAUACAAAUUUACGGAAGAUUUUUGAGUUUCAACAUUUAAAAAAUAUUAAAUUUAUUAAUAUAAAUGGCUACUCUUGAAGACAAGUCUCUUUGGGAAGAUGGAGAGGAAGCUUUGGGUGAGGAUGUUUGGAGAAUGUCUACAGAUGAGAUUGUCUCUCGUACACGUUUAUUAGACAAUGAAAUCAAAAUUAUGAAAAGUGAAGUGAUGCGCAUUUCUCAUGAACUUCAAGCACAAAAUGAUAAAAUUAAAGAAAAUACUGAAAAAAUUAAAGUAAAUAAAACCUUGCCAUAUUUAGUAUCAAAUGUUAUAGAAUUAUUAGAUGUGGAUCCUCAAAAUAUUGGGGAAGAAGAUGGUGCAGUUGUUGAUUUAGAUGCACAAAGGAAAGGCAAAUGUGCAGUUAUUAAAACUUCUACUCGUCAAACAUACUUUCUGCCUGUAAUUGGACUAGUUGAUGCAGAAGCUUUAAAACCAGGUGAUUUAGUUGGUGUCAAUAAAGAUAGCUAUCUUGUACUUGAAACUUUGCCUGCUGAGUAUGAUGCAAGAGUAAAAGCUAUGGAAGUAGACGAAAGACCCACAGAACAAUAUUCAGAUAUUGGUGGUUUGGAUAAACAAAUUCAAGAAUUAAUAGAAGCUGUAGUUUUACCUAUGACACAUAAAGAAAAAUUUGAGAAUCUUGGUAUUCAACCUCCCAAGGGUGUAUUAUUAUAUGGACCACCAGGAACUGGAAAAACUUUAUUAGCUAGAGCUUGUGCUGCACAAACAAAAUCUACUUUCUUAAAAUUGGCAGGACCCCAACUUGUUCAAAUGUUUAUUGGAGAUGGUGCCAAAUUAGUGAGAGAUGCAUUUUCACUUGCAAAAGAGAAAGCACCUGCAAUUAUUUUCAUAGAUGAAUUAGAUGCAAUUGGAACAAAACGAUUUGAUUCUGAAAAAGCUGGAGAUAGAGAAGUGCAACGUACUAUGUUGGAAUUAUUAAAUCAAUUAGAUGGAUUUAGUUCAACCGCUGAUAUUAAAGUAAUAGCAGCUACAAAUAGAGUAGAUAUCUUAGAUCCAGCUUUAUUGAGAUCUGGUCGUUUGGAUAGGAAAAUAGAAUUUCCGCAUCCAAAUGAAGAAGCUAGAGCUCGUAUAAUGCAAAUUCAUUCGCGAAAAAUGAAUAUGUCUCCGGAUGUUAAUUUUGAAGAAUUAUCAAGAUCUACCGAUGAUUUCAAUGGCGCUCAAUGUAAAGCUGUUUGUGUGGAAGCGGGAAUGAUAGCAUUGAGACGCAAUGCAACAGCAGUUACACAUGAAGAUUUAAUGGAAGCUAUUAAUGAAGUUCAAGCGAAAAAGAAAGCUAAUCUUAACUAUUAUGCCUAAUGUGCUUUUGAUUUAUUUAUUAAAAUAUAUUUUAUAAUAAAUAAAGAUAGAAAUUGUAAUAA